AAGGCGCCAAAUACAAAAAGUUGUCAAAAAAGCACACGUGUGUUUUCUUUGCAUUUUCAACCGUAUUUUCCGACGCAUUUUCUACGAUGUUAUCGAGUUUGAUAACGCAGCAUCACCAGAAGACGAUACUCUUUGUGGAUCGUAUUGGCUUCGAGGAGAAGCACUGGAAAAUCCUUGCAGAACAUCUCCUGGAAGAUUUGGGAGCUAAAACAAUUCACAAGGACUUCCUUGAGAUUACAAAUAACCUGCAGGAUGUGCGGAAAAACAUUGACAUUGGGGAUUUAUUGAAAUUCCCAGAGGAUAGUGUUAGUAUUAUUUUCUCGUCUGUUGCUUCCAUUUCCCGGCAAUACGCCCUGGAGGAUUUCUUCAGAUUAAUCCACAAAUUGCAAUGUUCUCCCUGCGUGAAGCACAUUGUUCUCUAUGCUACGCAAAAGUACAUCAAGGAGGCAUUCAUUGUACCCUUCCUGGAGCACCUAGCUGAGGAAAUUGUAACGCUAGAGGGGAAAAAUUCCAUCAAGAUUGUCACCCGGAAACCCGGAGGUUCUGUGUUGAAGAAAAAUUUGAGAUUCUCAAUUGAAAAUCAUCGAAUCUCCACACGAGAAGAGAAGAAGGAGGAAGCUUCUAAAGUGCCAGAGAAUCCCGUGAAUAUUGACAAUCUCGGAACAUUUAAGAUUUCCCUCAGUGAACAGGAUCUUCUGGCCAGGAAUAAGCUUCUCCUUCCCUUUGAGAAGCAUUUGCUGAAUAAGACAGGAGAUGCUGAAGAGAAGAAAAGCAGCGGAAGUGAAGGAAAAGUCAUUUACUACCCCGAAGCAGAUGAUGACAUCGACGAGGAAGAUCCGGAUGAAGAUUUGGAGCUCUGAAUGGCGCGCUUAGAGUAAGUUCAAAUUGUAAUUUUUGAUAGAAAAAAAUAUAUUUAGGUAAUUUUCUA